UUCAGAUGCUUUCAAUGUUCUCUUUGUUCUCCACUUGGUGCGGGACAGCUCGGGCGUGAUAUGUUCGGGAGACACCUUCCAUGGAAGCCAUUCGAAUAUCGGCGGGCAACAAGUUAUAUGAAAAGGAAGUCAUGUUGGACCCACGGGCCGGAUCAGCAGCAAUCCCGAAUCCUUUGACCGCCCGAAUCAACCAGGAGAAUGCGGCGAGACCAUUUCAGUCAUUUCAAUCCGUUAUUAUUAGCAAAUUUCUGUCCAUUGGCACAGGGAGGAAGUUGCGGUGACGUCCGCGAGGCGUGGCGAGAUCCUUCGCCAAGAUGUUCGCUCGACUGCGGGACCGGCUUCUGCCGCCGAACGGGCUGCCUACUUUCAAACAGCGAACAUUUUCAUGCAAUCCUACUCUCGUUCCGAGGUUGGCUCCGAGAACAUCGCUCGCUGCGAUGUUCUGGACAUCUUGUCUCAUCGGCUUCAGUGUGCCGUGAGUGUGUGAAGACUUCGGCCCAUUUCUGGAAAUCACAAAGUGGUUGGUGCGGCACAGAGAACUCUGGACCGGAAACACCCGAAACAACUCCGGCCGUGGUCAGCUCACGCGGCUUGGCAUUCACGCCAGACUCGGGAAGAACAAUGCCGUCAAGCAAAACGUGCGCAUAGAACUUUCUGCAUUUGCUUGCCACACUAGUAAGAGGCGGGAAGUCUCUUACAUCUCC